AUGGUCAGUAUAAACGUAGAAGCACUACAACCACUGAAUAGGGUACCAAAGUAUGCGGCAACUUUAAAUAUGAUGGAUGGAAGUCUUACUGUACCUGUCAUGGCUAUAGCUGAUAUGGACGAUGCUAGUCCGUCUGAAACGCAAAAGGGCUACUAUGUCAGUCCGAGUGUGAGGGGGUUCCUCACUUACAAUUUGGUAAGGUUUUACUGUACUUUUAGGCUACGAUAAGGCUAGAGUCGGGCUAGGGCCAAGAUAGGGUAAGGCUAGAGCAUAGUGAGGUAAGGUGGGGUAUGGUAAGACAGGGUGAGUUAGAAAAAAGUAGAGUACUGUAGAAUAGUGCAGAGUAAAAUAAUAUAGGGUAGGGCAAGUAAGAGUAGGUACAACGUACCGUAAGGCAGAUUGGGAUAAGGUAGGGUAGUUAUGUAAGGUAGGGCAGGUACCCCUGAAGAGGCCUAGCUAAAAGUACAUACUUUAACAUCAAAAAAUCCUUUUCAGAUGACAAAAAUGUUUGACAUCAAUUGGCAGUACACUUACAAUUACACUAGUCAGCUUAAUUAUGGCGGGCGUGGAAUGGAGUUAUCCGAUCUUAAAGUGUUUAAUGGUUACCUAUAUGCUCCUGAUGACAAAACUGGCAUCAUUUUUAGGUAUGUUCUUGAUUUUAACAUCAUUUUACAACACUUUUUAACGAUUUUUGCUUAUUUUCUUUUAAAUUAUAUUUUAAGCCUAAAGCACUCAUUCUCAAUACUAAAAAUAAGCCUAAAAUCUAAACAAACAAAGCCCAAAACAUACAAAACUAAGCCUGAAAACUGCUUAAUCUCCCUAAAAUAUAAGCCUACAAAUCUUUGUAAGAUUAAAGAUCAAGUGACGUCACAACCUCGUGUUUUUACCUGAAAUCCAUACGAUCGUACCGAUCUAUUUACAAAAAGUAAAUUACUGUGUUUCAGGUUAACCACGGACAAAGCGAUACCAUGGGUAAUCAACGCGGAUGGUAACGGGUUUCAUAACACAAGUAAGUGAAGGAUGAAUUAAACAAACAUAAAACUCUCUUCUGAAAAUAAGCCUGAAAGUUGAAUAUAAGCCUAAAGCUAGCAUAAUUUUAAAAUUGAGCCUAAAAGAAGAAAAUAAAACAAGUCUGGACUUUGAAUAUAAGCUUAAAGCCUAAACUUUCAAAAACAAGCCUAAACAUGCAAAAGAAAAGAUAAAACUAAAAUAUGAUGUUUUAGGUUUCAAAACAGAAUGGAUGACCAUAAAAGAUGAGCAUUUAUGGAUUGGCGGCUAUGGCAAAGAAUACACUAACCUUGAUGGUUCAUUCAGAGACAACAAUCCUAUGUACAUCAAGGUAAAUCACUUGUUAUUAGACUGCAAAUCGAUCAUUUUUAGCAGAUUUUAGUUAUGUUAGUUAGCCAAAGGUCGUGCCUGUCUGAAACAUAGUAAAACUUGUAUAUUUAUACACAUAAUCAACGUUUAAAAGCUCUUUGACAAGGCUAACACCUGAUUUUGGCAAGUGUAUUAUAAUUUUAAGCCAAAAACCCUGUUUUAUCCUUUUGAAAAACAAUUUUAUAGCCUUCUGAAACAUAUCAUUACUUCAAUAGAUAAUAAACAAUAAAAUAAAAUCUUCCAGGUUAUCGACCGCUUCGGCUCAGUAAAGCACGUCGACUGGGAGCAGGAGUUCAAAAAGGUCCGCGCCAGCAUCGGCAUCCAAUUCCCAGCGUACAUGAUCCACGAAGCCGUCCAAUGGUCGGACCUACAUCAAAAAUGGUUCUUCCUACCACGAAAAGUGUCAUACGACCCAUACAUCGAGGAGACCGACCAAUUCAAAGGCUCCAAUUACCUAAUCAGCUGCGACGAAAAGUUUGAAACGUUUCAAGUGGUCAGAGUGGGCAUGGUACAUCCAACUAGAACGUUCUCUGCUUUCCAGUUUGUUCCUGGUGAGUUGGUGGUUCUAAAUUGUUAAAAAGCUCAAUAUAUUAUCUAUUUUCCGCUGAGAUAUCGGGCAAAACAUCAGGUCCAUCAAGUCCUCCCUUCCUUUUCUUCGCCAAAAGUUCAUUCCUAAACUACCUUAACAUUCCAAAAUGACUUACCCACGCCUUCAAAGCUCCAUAAUACCUAAAAUGACCAAGUAAUUAAAAAAUAUUAACUUACUUCUUUGCAGGAUCUCAAGACAAUAUUAUCAUAGCCAUCAAAUCGGAAGAGGUGGAGAAUUGGCCGCUGUCUUCGUACAUCAUGGUGUUUGGCAUCGAUGGACAAGUUUACAUGGAUGAAACACGAAUACCAGGCAAUUUCAAGCUCGAAGGUCUCGAAUUCUUUGAUUUCCAGGCGAUGGAAUGUUGUUAA